AUGGAGCUGGUGUCAGCCUCCCUUCUCCUCCUCCUCUGCCUCUGCUGCAUCCUCCUGGCCUUGGCGUGGAAGAGCCAGAAUCAGCAAGGGCAGCUGCCGCCAGGCCCCACCCCCCUGCCCCUGCUGGGGAACUUCCUGCAGCUGGACAGGACCAAUGUUAUCCGCUCCUUGGAGAAGCUGCAGGAUACGUACGGCCCCGUGUUCACGGUGAACCUGGGCUCCCGGCGGGUGGUGGUGCUGUGCGGCUACCAGGCGGUGAAGGAGGCCCUGGUGGACCAGGCUGAGGAGUUCAGCGGGCGCGGGGAUAUUCCGGCGUUCUCUAAGGAUUUCAAUGGGCAUGGGGUGGUUUUUGCCAACGGGGAGCGGUGGCGGCAGCUGCGCCGGUUCUCCCUCACCACGCUGCGGAACUUCGGCAUGGGGAAGAGAUCCAUCGAGGAGCGGAUCCAGGAGGAGGCCCAGUGUCUGGUGGAAGAGUUCCAGAAAACCCAAGGGGCACCCUUUGAUCCCAUCUUUAACCUGAGCCGGGCUGUCUCCAACAUCAUCUGCUCCAUUGUCUUCGGGAACCGCUUUGACUACGAGGACGAGAAAUUCAUCGCCCUGAACAAGCUCAUAUUCAAGCGGUUCCCUGAACUAUCCACCGGAUUUCCUUCCGCACAGCUGUACAAUACCUUCCCUGGCAUCCUGGAGAAGAUUCCUGGGCCUCACCAAACGGGAAGCAAAUGCUCCCAGGAGAUAAUCAGCUUUAUUUUGGAGAGAAUCAAACUGCAGCAGGCGACCCUGGAUCUCAACGCCCCCCAGAACUUCAUCGACUGCUUCUUGGUUAAAAUGGAGCAGGAGAAGCAGAAUCCAGCUACCGAGUUUUCCCUGGAGAACCUGGUCAUGGCCACCUUCAAUUUAUUCUUUGCCGGCACGGAGACCAUCAGUACCACCCUGCGCUACGGCUUCCUGAUCCUGCUGAAAUACCCGCAGGUCCAAGAGAAAAUCCAUCAGGAAAUUGACGUGGUGAUCGGGAGGGACCGAGCGCCCACCGCAGAGGACCGGGGCAGGAUGCCGUACACGGACGCCACGCUGCACGAGAUCCAGCGAUUCAGCGACAUCCUGCCAAUGAGCCUCCCGCACACCGUGACCAGAGACACCCGGUUCCGGGGGUACCUCAUCCCCCAGGGGACGUAUGUCUACCCCCUCCUGAGCACAGUGCAUUUUGACCCAGAAGAACAUAAAGAUCCUGAAACUUUCGCCCCCGAGCGGUUUCUAAAUGAGAACGGCAGCUUCAGGAAACAGAAUGCCUUCCUGCCCUUCUCCGCAGGGAAGCGGGUGUGCCUGGGCGAGGGCCUGGCCCGCAUGGAGCUCUUCCUCUUCUUCACCACCAUCCUGCAGCACUUCACCCUCAGCUCGCCCGUCGACCCCCAGCAGCUCAGCCUGGCCCCCGAAGUCAGCAACUUAGGGAAGGUGCCGCCGCGCUACCAGCUCUGCCUCCGCCAGCGCUGAUGGUGAUAGAGUUGCCAACUCUCCGAUUGCAAAACACCAAAUGUUCCUGC